AUGGAUUUUUCGAAGCUAAAGCUAUCACCAGUGGCAUUGCUUCUAGAUCAUUAUUCCAAACCAAUAGAUGCAGCAAAAGCACAUGCAAGUUUACCAACUUCUCAGAAGAAUAUGUCAGAUGGUUGUGGAGACAAGCAUUACGCGUACCUUGACCACAUAAAGAAUGGAACUUGGGCCAAAGAAAAUGGACUAAAUGACAGCAUUCCAUAUUCAGAAGGGAGUCAUGAUCAGCUAUUACAAUUGGUGGUUGAACUGAAACUUCAGAAUGAGGUGUUGAAGUAUCAGUUUAAUGGAUUGAAAAAUCUUCAAGCAGAACAUACUAGGGCUCUCCCAAAAAGUGUGGCAGGUGGGGAGGAAAGAGGUGACUCUGUGGAGGUGAAAGAUCUCCUUGAAAAGGUAGAAUCUUUGAGUAGGGAGCUUCAGGAAGAAAAACAAACACGAACUGCAGCAGAGGAGGCUCUGAAGCAUCUUCGAGAGGCACACCCGGAGGCAGAUGCUAAAGUCCAGGAACUAUCUACCAAACUUGCUGAAGCUCAACAGAAAUUGGAUCAAGAAAUAAUAGAGCGUGAAGAUAAGUAUGCUGAUCUUGACUCAAAAUUUAGCAGGCUUCACAAACAAGCAAGACAGCGCAUUCAAGACAUUCAAAAGGAAAAAGAUGAUCUUGAGGCCCGAUUUCAUGAAGUGAACGAAGCAGCUGAACGAGCAUCAUCUCAACAGUCCACUCUGCAGCAAGAGCUGGAGCGCACACGGCAGCAAGCAAAUGAAGCAUUGAAAGCAAUGGAUGUAGAGAGGCAGCAAGUAAGAAGCAGAAACAAUAAAUUCCGGGACAACAUUGAAGAACUGCGUCUCACUGCAACCUAAAGAACAUGCUCUCGAGGCAUUACAGCAGUCGCUUUUGGAGAAGGAACAGGUUUUGGAAGACAUGCGAGGUCUAUUGCAAGCUGCAGUUGCUGAGAUAUCUGCUAGACAUCAAAAGGAAAAAUCGACGCAUAAAAGAAAAAGAAAAAAAAGGACGAAAAGGCUCUCCUCUGUUGCCCCCAAAAUUGAAAUCUCUGAUAAUUUGAAAUGCCAUCUUCUCUUUAUUUUUUCUCAAAAAUCGUGGCACUUUCCACUUAGACUUUGGCUACAUUUAUAGCUGAAAUCAUUGCAAACCUGAACACAACAUCUUCUUUUCCUCACGCUGCUCUUCAUCUCGAACACGCCAUCUUUCUGCCUUCCGCCUCACCCUAGAGAUGUGAAGAAAAUCUAUCUCCUCCAUCAUUUCAUAUUUCUGCCUUCCGCCUCACCCAAGAGAUGUGAAGAAAAUCUAUCUCCUCCAUCGUUUCACUUUCUCCUCUUACCGUUUCCCUCCAAGCCCCAACAUGAAAUCUGAUAAUUUGAAACACCAAAAAGAAUAACCCCCCCCCCGGCCAUUUUUCUUCAAUGAUCUUGACAAUCUAAACUUCCACUAUUAAGUUUUUCAUUUUCUACACCCGACGAUGCCAAUCGCUUUUCUCAACAUCCUUCGCUCUUCUCCGCUUGGUUCCCCUCAAAACUUCAGUUCAAAGGGGAUUUGAUGGGUCAGUUUGAACUGGAGAAGAUGGGGAACGGUGAUGCGGUUCUGGAAACAAGGUUACGCGUACCUUGCCUGCGACAGUUACGCUCGAGAGCGGGCCUGAUAACAUCAAGGAAACUUGGGGGGGAGUUGAAGCUCAAUCCUCCAUUUUCUCAUGAGAU